UCUAGUGAGGGGAAAGAGCUUUAAGUGAAGCAGUAUUUAUUUUCCUUGCUCAUUUCUCCGUGAAAGAGUAACUAGAUAAAAAUUAGUUAUGUCGUCCCUGAUUAAGAAAGUGAUCAGCACAGCGAAAGCACCAGCUGCAAUCGGACCUUACAGUCAAGCAGUGCUGGUAGACAAAACUAUGUACAUCUCCGGACAGAUAGGCUUGGAUCCUUCAAGUGGACAGCUAGUGUCAGGAGGUGUGACAGAGGAGGCCAAACAGGCACUUAAAAACAUGGGGGAAAUUCUGAAAGCUGCAGGCUGUGAUUACACUCAUGUGGUAAAGACAACUGUUUUGCUGGCUGACAUCAAUGACUUCAAUGCUGUUAAUGAAGUCUACAAGCAGUAUUUCAAGAGUAAUUUUCCAGCCAGAGCUGCUUACCAGGUUGCUGCUUUGCCCAAAGGAGGACGUGUUGAAAUUGAAGCCAUAGCAAUCUCAGGACUUCCCACAAAAUCCUGACUAUAAAUCAUGCCUUCCGUUGUUUUGCCAACUGUAUUUGGUUUAGGAAUAAUGAUCAAUUUACUUCUAAUUCUUGAAAUUAAUGUCAGAUACUAUAUGCCUUAAUAAAAUGUGUGAAGACUUUCUAAUAUAGAAAUUACAUUUUCUCUAGGAAUUAGGGGUUAUUUUAUGUCUGAAAGGGAAAAAUUAACAUUUAUAGAAUUAAAUUCUACUAAAUUCAUGAUUUGAGAAAUAUUUGACUGAUGUUCUUAUAAUUAACUAUUUAAUUUUAUAAGCAAAAUUAACUAGAAAAAAUAAUUUUAUACAUUUCAAUUAGUUGCAUGUAAUGCCAAGGAUUUAAAAGAGGGCAAAUCCCUCAAAAAAACAUCAACUUUUCAAAAAAGAAUUUCCACUGUUAUAAUUGAAAUUCCUGGGUCUAUGGCAAAAGUUAAUGGAAAGGAAAAAAAUUAAAAAGAAAGAAGUUAAUGGACCAAAAAUUUCUAAAUGACAAAUUUAUUUUUCUAAUGGAAAUAAAAUGAAGACAUGUA